AUGGCAAGCUUACGCAAGUCUCACCCCCUCCUUAAAAUCGCUAACAACGCAGUUGUUGACCUACCCGCCCCUUCCAAUAUUUCUGUUUGAUGAAAUUUUGGCUCUCUUUUAGGCCUAUGCUUAAUCUCCCAGCUAGCAACAGGACUAUUUCUUGCAAUACAUUACACCUCAGACAUUGCCACAGCCUUCUCAUCCGUCGCUCACAUCUGCCGAGAUGUAAACUAUGGCUGACUAAUCCGCAACCUACACGCUAACGGAGCCUCUUUCUUUUUUAUCUGUAUCUAUAUGCAUAUUGGACGAGGCCUGUAUUAUGGCUCCUAUCUAUAUAAAAUUACAUGAAAUGUGGGGGUAGUCCUACUCCUUUUAACAAUAGCAACUGCAUUUGUAGGCUAUGUCCUCCCAUGAGGGCAAAUAUCUUUCUGAGGCGCAACGGUCAUUACCAACCUCCUUUCAGCUAUUCCUUAUGUAGGAGGAUCAGUGGUACAAUGAAUCUGAGGGGGCUUCUCAGUCGACAACGCAACACUAACCCGCUUUUUCGCCUUCCACUUUUUACUCCCUUUUAUUAUUGCAGCCGUUACAAUAAUCCACCUCCUAUUCCUACAUGAAACAGGCUCCAACAACCCAGCAGGCUUAAACUCUGACUCAGACAAAAUUUCAUUUCACCCCUAUUUUUCUUACAAAGACCUAAUUGGGUUCGUGGUAAUACUAGUGGCCCUAACAUCCCUUGCACUUUUCGCACCAAACUUACUAGGAGACCCUGACAACUUCACCCCAGCAAACCCAUUAGUCACCCCGCCUCAUAUUAAACCCGAAUGAUAUUUCCUAUUCGCUUACGCUAUCCUGCGAUCAAUUCCUAACAAGCUCGGAGGCGUCCUAGCAUUAUUAUUUUCUAUUCUAGUCUUAAUACUAGUCCCUUUACUCCACACCUCAAAACAACGAGGCCUUACCUACCGCCCCAUAACACAAUUCCUUUUCUGAACUUUAAUUGCAGAUGUAUUAAUCCUAACGUGAAUCGGAGGCAUACCAGUUGAAGACCCCUUUAUUAUUAUUGGGCAAGUAGCCUCAGUACUUUACUUCACUAUUUUCCUUAUUUUAAUACCUACCGCUGGUUAUAUUGAAAACAAAGCUUUAAACUGAGCCU